CCACCGGUGAUGGGUCAGCUGUGGAUCUGCAUGGGAGACUGCUGCACUCUGACCUCAGGAUCAUCCAGCUACCAUACCAUGAACUGCGUUAUGCUUUAUUUUAAAUCCAAUUAAGUGUUUCUUUAAUGGAUGGUGUAGGAGGUCUCCCCUGAUCCCCAGUGACUUAACCAGUCAAAGGCAUGGCGGGGGGAGCUGAGAUGCUCCAUGCUUCCUCAUUCCUGAGAGUUCACAGCUUGCUCUCACCACCCCUUAGCUGAGUUCAGUUAUUUAAGCAGGACAGCCUGGGAGAAUGCAUCAUGCAAAGGACAGGAGCUGUGCUGAACACUGCGUGGGUCCUUCGGGCACCUGGAGUUUGGCUUGUCUUUGCAGGUGCAGCAACCAUGGCAUCCCAAGGCCAGGUCAUAUUCUGGAGCUUGACCAUGGUCAUUAUCGUCCUGGCUGCAGUGAUUGCCCUGAUCAUCGGGUUUGGUGUCUCAGGAAAGCGCUCCAUCAGCGUCACCGCCUUGACAUCCCCUGGGAACAUCGGCCAGAGCGGCCUCUUGGGCUGCACCUUCGAGCCCGACAUCAGGAUGGGCAGCAUAGCGAUUCGGUGGGCAAAGGCUGGAGUGGCCGGGCUGGUUCACGAGUUCAGAGGGGGGAAGGACCACCUGCAAGAGCAAGACGUGGAAUUUCAGGGCCGCACGGCGGUGUUUGCGGACCAGGUGAUUGGUGGAAAUGCUUCCCUGGAGCUGAGGGUCGUGAAGCUGUCCGACGCCGGUACCUACAGGUGCUCCGUCACCACGUCCCGAGGGAGCGGGGUGGCGGAACUGCAGUACCAGACAGGAGCCUUCAGCACCCCCCAGGUCCAGGUGGAGAACAGCAGCAGCGGGGACACGCUGCAGUGCGAAGCACCGCGGUGGUUCCCCCGGCCCACCGUGCACUGGACAGCCUACAGCGACACGGGGAUGUGCCUGCCUCGGGCUGCCAACACCAGCUACGAGCUGAACUCCGAAAACAUCACCUUGAAGGUGGUCUCCCUGCUGCAUAACAUUACUGCUAACGCCACCUACACCUGUGUGAUUGAAAACAGCAUUGCCAAGGCCACAGGCGACAUCAAGGUGACAGAUCUGAGAGUUACCAGGGGGACCAACUUGCAGCUGGUGAACCUGAAUGCAGAGUCAGCGUCCUCCUCCCUUCCAGCCUGUCACUGGGUGCUUCUGCUUCCCGUGUGCCUGCUGUCGGUAUAAAACAACUGGAAACACUGCUGGACCAAGGAGUCAUUACAGCUACUCUGACGCAGAACAUGCUUCAUGCUUUCCUCCCUCUUGGGUUGAGACAUUUUUAAAACCAACUCCCAGUUCCAAGAGCACGUAGGGGCACUAAGCGAAGCCAGUUGGUUUUUCCUUUGUAUUUCUUACUCAUGCCAACAACAGGAUGCUUUGGCUUCAGAAAGAGAGUGAGGAUUGUGAUAAGGACAGUUGCAUAAAUAAAGGAAAAACUCCGAUCAUAGGAA